UAUGAAAGCUCUGCUCCUGAGCAGCCGGUCCAGCCCACAGAGGCUCGGAUGAGGAAGUGGCUUCACUGAUGAUACGUGCGCUGAAUAAGGAAUAGGACAGCGACAAUAAAGUUCCUCCGGAGUCCCAGCAGCCAUGAAGCUUCGACUGCACUUUGUGGUGGACCCCAUGGGCUGGCUGUGUGUCAGCAUGGUGUUUGGGAUCUGGCUCUACAACACUUUAUUCAUCCCUAAACUGGUUCUACUUCCACACUACAACGAGGGACACAUCCCUUGGGCCAUCGUUGUUUGUUAUUACAUAGCAUCAGGACUCUGCAUAGCCGCCCUGUUCAGAGCGUCCACAGCGGAUCCUGGCCGUCUUCCUGUGGACCCCCAAAUACCUCACUCAGAGCGAGAGCACUGGGAGUUGUGCAAUAAGUGCAACUUAAUGAGACCCAAAAGGUCCCACCACUGCAGUCGCUGUGGCCAUUGUGUGCGCAAAAUGGACCAUCACUGUCCUUGGAUCAAUAACUGUGUGGGAGAAGACAACCACUGGCUCUUCCUGCAGCUCUGCUUCUACGCUCAGGUCCUCAGCUUGUUCACUCUGGUGCUGGACUUCUGCCAGUACUAUUACUUUCAGCCCCUGACAGGACUAGACCAGGAGAAGUUUACAACACACCAUGAACUGGCUCUGCUGCGAGUCUCAGCGCUUAUGGGUUUGGUGAUGUUCGCUGGGAUGACCAGCUUGUUUUACACUCAGAUGACAGGAAUCCUCUCUGAUACUACCACUAUUGAGAAAAUGGCUCAGUUCUCAAAUGAAAUAUUUGGCUCAAAGAAAUCCUGGCAGUGGGCGCUCGCUGAAGUUUGCGGCACUCGCUGGAAACUCCUGUGGCUCAUCCCGCUCCGAAGCAGGCAGCCGAUCCAAGCCAGUCACCACUUCCGCACCCACGUGUAGGGCCGGCAGCACCACACUACCUCCUGCCUGCACAGAUGGUAGGGGCUGCCAUGAUGAAACACUGUAUACACACUUUGAAUCCAUCUGCUCACCGUCACCGUCCUCUUUUGUGCUGUGGGAGCUGAGCAGCAGGUUUGUGGAUAUUCUAAGCGUUUUUAUUUUUUGCCUUUCUCUACACGGCCCAGACGGGCAGUAAACAGGGUCAAGAAACACCCAAGGGAGUGACUGGAAAAUGUUGCUUUUUUACUCACUGUGACUGCUACUUUCAGCAUUUGGAAACCACUUUUAAUGGCUAAAUGCAUCCGAAGGAUGGAAGUCUUCACCUGAAAAAAAGCUGUCCCCUCUCAGGUUACUUUGACAAAGAGCCUUCACUACUGACCUUUAAUCAGCUACAGAAAGAACCAGUGUGUCUAUUAGUAAGGAAGUUUUUUUGUAUGAAGUUUGUGCCUUGUUUCUUUUAACGAUGCCCUUUUUAUUUGUCAUGCAUGAGCAGUUGUUUUAAUGUUGGGUGAUCUUCCAGUUUUUCAAUUUCUUGUCAAGAGUGAAGGGAUCUGGAUCCGCCUCCUGUCAUCGGUGAUCAUUUGAUGAUUCAUGAAUGUUUUUGUUUGCAUUGUUCUCUGAACCUUUUAUCUAUGAAGUGAUGUUUUAUGAGGCAUGGUCCCAGAACAAAGUUCAUAACUUGAAUACUGCUACGUGAUACUUUUAUGACCCAUGGGUAUGAACAUGUGUAAUAGCAAACAGACAGUUAACACUUCACCAUACCAAGGUAACAACCCAGACUUAGAAACUAGUUUAUACGGUCAGUCUGAGGCUGUAUUUGUCAAAGUCACGCUUCAUCAAGUUGUUUCUCUACAUUCCACAGCCGAUUAAUGAACUGAUCAUAGCCUGUUGUGAAAUCCUCAUUGAAGGGUUUGAGUGUCAAACAGUGAAUCCCUGUACGUCAACAUCAACUCCUUUAUUACCGCUUCCUCUCAAGACUCUGCAAGAAAGCAAAUACGUGUAAUUCCUUAGAUAUGAAAGUAUUCCUUUAAGUCUUACAACGCAUGAGCACAAAUGGCUUUUGAACACGCCUCUAAUUUCAUUACUCCGGACUAUAAUUUGUGAUUUAUAAUCGCCAUUGUAGUGCCGCCGCUUUAACAGUUUGCUCUUGAAUGUGUCUGAAAUCAUAUCUUUAUUAAUGCUACAACAGCGAGCAGAUCAGUCUCCAUGUGGUGACGCUUCACACAGCGCUGGUUUAUUUUGUUUUAUAUCUGCUGGUUGGCACUGUUUGUUUUUAUUGAAUUGUUUAAGAGGAAACAUAAAGAUAAGAUGAUUCAGUGCAUAAUGAUAGUCAUUGUCUAUAAUACUAAUAAUCUCAUAGAUAAACUGUAUGUAAACAAAGCUUUCCAUGUGUGGGACAUAUAACAAUAUCCAAGUAGUUUAAGUGCCUUUUCUAGGUCUUCUUUUCACUCUCACGGUAUGUCUUCGUCAUCGUAUCGGUCUCCAUAAAAGCCAAAGACCUGGGGAAAUGUUGCAAUAGUCAGUAAAUGCAUGUUUCACCAAACUAACGGUAGCGGUUCAAUAUUAUGCACUGAUUUUCACACUAGUCUUAUUUUACUGCAUCUAUCGAAAGAAAGUCUCCAACUUAUUGUGAUUGUAUGUCUUCUGUUUUUAUUCCUGUCAUCAGAUUGUUGGCAUUUGCAUGAGUGUGUGUUGGGACAUUUUUAUAACUCAGAUUCAGGUUCUUGAACGUUUGUGUGAAUUAUUAUUUUUAAUGUGUUUGUUAUGUGGUGGGCGAAUGCGUGUGAUUGGCCUCUAAUAAGGGGGUACCGAUACAUUACUACUAAAUAUCUUUUGAAAGCAAUAAGCAUUGUGUAUAAGUAAAUUCGUAUUGUUACAACAGUAGUGAAACUCUGAUAUGUAUUAUGAAGUAUUACUAACCAGUGAUGACGUAAACGUGUGUCAGUACUUCAGUAACCUCAGCCGAGAUGAACGACUGUCGCUGCUUUGUGUAGUCUUACAGUUCAUCUUCAACGACAUUGUUAGAUUUGAAUCACGAGCUGCAGGAAAGUGGAGGCGUGAGCGUCCACGGCUGUAGUCUGGCGCCCCCCAGGGCUCGCACUUUAUACCUGCGCAGUUCAUUUGCUGUUUUCAGAAUGCGUUUUCAAGCUUUAUAUUUUUUUUAAUUCAUACCUCAAACACUGGUUAAAUUUUGUGGAUUAAAUGAAUACACCAUCAA